AUGGAGCAUAAACUUUCAAACAUUAUUUACAACUCUCAGUCACAUAUUUGCGAUCUGAUUACUGCACGGGAAUUAUAUCCCCAUCGUUCACAAUACACAAAGGCUAUCCAUUCGGAUCCAUAUACUGUAAAGAGGCUUAAAUCUUUUGAUAGUUUAAAAGGUCACGAAGGUUGUGUUAACACCGUUGUAUGGAAUAGCACUGGUGAUCUCAUAUUAUCUGGCUCAG